AUGGCACCUAAACGCAGUCCAACAACAGCAGGACUCGGCCGAGGAAAACGCGCGAAAAACAACCUCGUGUGUAUCGUCGGGUUAAAAAAUCGUCCGGAUCUCAACGGGAGAUAUGGAACCGUGAUCGCUCACGACAAGAGUACCGACAGAUACACCGUGAAAGUGAGUGGCAAAAAAAACGAAGAAGAAGAAUCCGUGCUUGUGAAGAGCGAGAAUGUAACGAACGUUGACUCUAAGAGAGCCAUUCAAGCGAGGAAGAAAGGGCAGUUCAACACGUUAGAGAAGCUGUUCGCGAAGAAGACAGGUGGGCAGCAGCAGACGGAAGAAGAAGACAGGGCGGCGAAAACGCAUAUUUUCACAUCUCCCAAAGUCAAGGUGAAGAAAGAGGAGCACGGAAGCACUGACGACGACACCAACGACGACGACGACGAGGGAGACAAACGCGAGCAACACCAAAAAACUUCCGCGAGAGAGCGAAACAACAACACGGUGGUCGACGCGGGAAACACAGUGUCUCCUUCUUCUUCGUUUCCUCGGUUCCCACCGGACGGUACCGCAGUUCCCGGCCCGAGCGCCUCGUGGUUUCUCUUUCAGCUCCAAAAAAGAGAGAAAGAAAGAGGAAGAGAAAAGAAAGCAAAAGAGGGACCAAAAAAACUAAUUUAG